GAGAGAGAGAGCAGUUUCAAAGGAUAGAGUAUCUUAAUGCUACUACUACUAUUCCUACACCUGCAGUGAUUUUGCAUUUGAUUAUUUUCCUAUUUUAGUUUUGAUUUAACUCGAGACAUCUGAUAAAACGUCUUUGGGAAAGAUGAAUGAGUUAACAGGACGCUUGGUCAUUCAGCAGUGUCUCAGUGCCUCUCUAAAACUUCCAAGCGUUGAGCCCAGAGAACCAGAAGUCGUUGAGGUUGGUCGAGGGAUGGUAGUCUUUGUAUGCUUCCUCAACCAAGCUUCAGAAGUAACAGUAGAAAGGCUUGUGAAGCACAUCAUAGACAUCCGCCUGAGUGAAAACGACUCUGACCGCAGGGUGUCCGUUUGCGACAUCCAAGGCGACAUCCUGAUCAUUCCACAAGCAACGCUGGGAGGCAAAUUAAAGGGAAAAGCGAUGCAGUAUCACAAUAAUGUCGACAAGAAUUUAGGAGAGGCACUCUAUCACAAGCUCUGUCAGGGAGUUCGGACAUCUGUUGAAAAAGUAUCUAGUGGGAAUGUGAAGUGUGGGGUGUAUGGGGCACGACAGAUCCUGAACAUGGACACCAAUGGGCCUUUUACACACAUCAUUGAGGUUUGAUGUACAGCAUAGGUACUUUUAGGGUGUUAGGGGCAGUAUGCAUUCCAUGUCAUUUGCUCAGUAAAAUGUUUAUUGAUCAGCAUUAUCUUUCAUCAGGAAAGUUCAACUUUUGGUACAGUACAAUAUCUAGUAGCAUUUAUAUAAUUAAAGAGACAUUUAAGUUGAUAUUAAUUAAAUCUCAACCAACGUGUGCUUAGUCAUAUUAAGUGGAAUUCCAUGAAGAGAAGUAUGCAGAAGGAAAAAUAUAUUCAAUACAAUGGUUAUAUUCAUAAGAGUGCAUGAGAAAUUGUUUCAUCACAACCUCCUUAAUGGAGAUAGAGUCUAUAGAACAAGUUUCCUGUAGCAAUAGGAAAUGUAUAGAUUUUUGUUAAAUAUCUUGAAUUUAUCAGUGACUAACUUUCUAUAGUUUGUGGUCCAAUACAGAUGGAUUUAGGGUUUACAAGUGACUGCCAUACAACUGAACACUGUAUGCGAUAUAUAUUUAAUUUGCUUGUCGAGCAUUCUGGGGUUAACAGGUAGCUACUGCUUUAUUUAUAGGGUUUAAAUCUUAAGUAAUGAAGAGAAGAAGUUAUGCCUGUUUAGUAUAAACAUGUUACCAGUAAAAGCUAAUUUAUUGGCACAGUAUUAAAUACACAUUAGUACUAUUGAUUUUUUUUUCACCAUUUUUGAUGGUGAGUAAUAUUGUAUACUACAGUAUACCAUUACUUUUAUGAUGAUAAAGUACAGUUCAUUUUAUAGCUGACUGUUAGAUUCAGCAAAUUUUAGUGGGCAUUAAUGUAGAUCAGAUGUAUUCUAAGUCCAAACAACUAGUCAUUGUGAGUAGAUUUUGCAUUUAAUUUUCCUGUGAAAACAUCUUAACAAGAAGGCCACCAUAUUAAUGUUACCCAGACAGAGCAUAGGGUCAGAUAAUAUUGAAAAGUAAGUAAUCUUGGCUUUCAAAAUAAGGUACAGUAUAUAGUUAUUUACUGUUAAAAAUGUGACAAGACUUAAAACCACUACAUAUAUUACGUAUAACCAAAACAUUUUCAGUCAAUUUUGGUUGCCAGAAAUGCAGAAUUGUUUCAUACAACUACAGUAGUCAUUUUAGGUUGUUUUGAAUUUUUAAAUACAGAAUAAAUAUCAAAUGACCCCAUUUCUUUCCAUUAACAUAAAUGAUAUUUUGUACUGCACAUAAUAUACUGUAGUACUUCAUGUAUGUUUUACACGGUGCUUUAAUUGGACAGGGCUGUGCUUUAUCAUUUUUAUGAGCUUUUUAUUCUGAAAUAGGUUGUGGUUAUUGCAGACAGGUGACAGAAAUGGGGCUUAUUAACAUGAAUUUUGCUCAUUCUUAGAGAUGCCAUAUUAUGCUUAGGCAAUACAGUAUUUGUGAUAUUGCAAUAGUCUAAUAAUUCAGCAGAUGUCUUGGUCACAGUUUUGUCUCAGUGUGUGGUUAGUUUUUAGAGAUUUAACAGUUGAAGACAGUUAGGGAUUUGUUAGAUGUAAGGAGGUAAUUACUGGAGAACCAUUUCUAAUUAAUUUUAUGUCUAAUUGAAUUGCAUUAUACAAAGCUGAUACUUGAUCUCAGGUUUGUGCUGAUGGAGCUUAGAAGUGACGCAAUAUUUGACUUUGUAUAGUAUACACAUACUAUAUAAAGGAAUCCUAUUGUACUGAUAUUAAUUGAUUUGGUAUAUAUAGUUUUGGUAAACAUGUUUACCCAUCAUAGUAAUUACAAAUAUUUGAGAUUAUUAAGUGGCUCAGUUUCACUGUGAUAUUGAUAAUAAUAUCAUAUCAAUUACUCUUCACAUAUACAUAGUAACUCUUAGAGUGUGUUUACUGCAGAGGUCAUGAAUCAGUGCAUUACUGUAUUAGCUCCAUAAUCUUUUAGUUCAAAGAUGAUGAGCUGUAUGAGAAAAGCCUAUUCUCAUUUCAUGGAACAACUUCAUGUUGUUAGCACUUUUUCCUCAGUAGCUGAAAUAUUAUUCUUUGUUCACUUUUGAAAAUGUAAGUAUCAUAUAUUUGUUAAUUUUUAGAAUAGAAAUUGUAGAGAAAGGAAGAAUAUGUUGCUGAGGCUUUAUUGUUGAAGCUAUUCGUAAUCUAAUUUAUAACUAUUACAGGUAUUAUUGAUAGUAAUAACCACAUCAUUAAGUUAACAUUUUUAUUCUCAUAGGGCUGGACCAAAGAGUGUAAUCAAUUGUAAUUCUUCUAAAAAUUUAACUCCUCCUCUCCCAAAAAGUGAGAAACUCAUUCAAAGUCAAAGAUAUGUUCAGUCAGGGGAGUGCAUGCUAACAAGUCAAUAUGAUAUCUUGUUCUCUCUUAGUGGUUAGAGUUCUGGGCGUGUUGUUCGUACAUAUCAAGCCACUGAACUACUAAACGGUACUAUAGGGUUGCAAGCUUUGAGACUUUACUUCAUAAUGGAAUGGAAUGUAAGGUGGAGAUGAAUUUAAAUUGUAGAGAUACGAGGGACUUCUAAUUAAAGAUUUAUCUUGUGCUCUUACAAAAGCUUGUCAACUUUUUAGAUGAUGGAGACUGUCUUUGUGGCAAUUGGGAAAUGAUAGAUUGCAGGAACUACUUAAAAAAAGGAAUGCUUUAUAUCCAUUGUGAAAUCGCUAUUUAAAAGUGUGGUUGUUGAUUACUAUUUCAGUAAAUAAAAAUUAGUUGCAGCAACAGUAGCAUUGGAUAUCCAUCACCUAAGAAAACAAGUGUAAAGUUGACACACUUUGACAAAUGUAUGACAGACAGUACCUUUAUAAAAAUGCAGGCCUAUUUUGGAAAUAGUGAUGGAAAUUCUCACCCACAAAACCCUAGAGGAAUUGAUGUGGUUCUGAAUUGUUCAUAUAUCUGUGACACCUAAUCAUUUUCAUGGCCAGAAAAAAGUUGCUGUAAUUCAAGGAAGAUUUUAAUUUCUGAAACUUUAGUAUGGAUUACUUUAAUGUCUUGAAUGUUUUCAUACGUUUUCAGCUGAUAUUAAUACAAAUUUCUCAUGAAGUUCAUAGAUUAUGGAUAGGCAGUCUUUGUGAUUUGACACUUAAAUGGUGAAGGGCUAUGGAAUUUAUUAAUGUCAUGUUGUACUGACAACUUGGUUGUGUAGGGAAGUGUGUUUCAUUUGUUUUAUUUGUCUUCUUUUUUAUAUUACUUUUAAAAGAUUGAGUAAGAUUUUUGCACUAUCUCAUUAUUAAUGUUCAUAUACUCGUUUUUGUUGCUUGCUUUGGCAUUUAAUUAAUUGGAAUUUCCAAGUAGGGUUAAUAACUUUUUUUUCCACCUUUUUACAAUGAAAUGAAAGGCUUUAUAUAUAUCUA